CAAGCCCCGAAAUGUGACUGUAAGAGCAACCGCGAACGACCUUCACUACAUCACCUGCACUGCACACAUUUGACGGUUGAAACUGAGAGACUGAGAUUUACCUAUUAAAUGAAUCCACUUUCCCUCGCAAAGCUCCGACACUGCAAGGCCAACCUGCGUAUCUAUUGAAGAGGGGCAAAUUGAUUGCUUAUUUCCACACCACAUACCGAACGUAAGUACAAGUACUCACCGGGCUGACAACUUCAGCCCCCCCUCCUCCACUAGAAACCCAGCGCUAAAAUUCUCUAUCAUCCAUCUAGAGCGAAGGUAUAUCAGUACCCGCACAAGAUGCCUCUCCGAGAUUUCCUCAAGAAGAAAGACAAGAUUGCGCAGAGCAACGCGCAUGCGCCAGAACCAGACCAUGACGCCCUAGCACCCCCGGGAUUUACGUUCAUGAGGAGCGACACCCAUACGCAGGAGAUCAUAACUCCCCCUUCGUUUCACUCCGAAAGGGCCUCGAAGAAAUCCUCCGAAGUGCCUUCCGAGUCAAGAUCAACGAAGCUGUUUGCGCGAAGUCGGAGUAAUUCUAUGAAGUCCACCAACUCCCGCGACAGCGAGAAGUCCAAGGGCAAAUCAUCCCCCAAAAGGAUAUCACAACUGCUGCAUUUGGGAAAGAAGGAUAAUACCUCGGCCGUUGUGCCAAAUGAUUUACCAGCGAUCAGCGGGGAUGACAACACACCUGGUGGCGGGGGAGUAGAAGACCAGUGGGAGUUACGGGCAACGAUGCUGGCGAGACAGAACGAGAGAAGCAGACCCGGCAGUCCAACUGGAGAUACACCGGAUUUUGCCUUUGGGAAUAUGUCAUUGGGAUCAGGGAAGGGAACUCCGUUGACGAAGCAGGCGGAUGACAAUAUUCAAGAAGCUAUCAGGCUUCACGAAGCGGGAGAUUUGGUGACGGCUACGCAGAUGUUCGGCCGACUGGCAGAUCCAAAGGGGGAGAAUAAUGCUCUGAGCCAGGUUCUGUACGGCCUUGCUUUACGGUACGUCUAUGGGAAGCAAGCCCGGAUGACCUGAAAUGAAGUCCUGUUGAUUCAGAUUUCCCACAUGGUUCAAUUAUGACUGUUCUAAUUUGUCUGUUAGGCAUGGUUGGGGUUGUGAGCCAGAUCAUACCCAAGCUGUAAACUAUCUGUCGGCAGCCGCGUCAAAUGCUGCUGCAAUCGAGGAUCUUGCUCUCAAGGCGGGAAUGAAGAAAGGGGGAACGGCCAAAGGAGAGCUUGUCCUCGCUAUAUUCGAACUUGCAAACUGCUUCCGGCAUGGUUGGGGGGUGGCAGUGGACAAAGUAGCAGCCAAACAGGUAAGCCUUCUGGAAAGGAUUGGAUCGGGGAGAAGCCUGAAAGACUUGAUCUGAUACUGUUGGGGACAGUACUAUGAAACGGCUGCAAACCUGGGCGACACUGGUAUGUACUUUGUAUUCACGCCCAACUUCAUGUUCUAGAUUUGCUAAACUCCAUGGGUAGAUGCGAUGAAUGAAGUUGGUUGGUGUUACAUUGAAGGAUUUGGCUGCAAGAAAGACAAGGUAAGUUUCCAAACCCUUGGAUCAGCCGAGCUUCCGAAUAGCUUCAUGGUGUUAUAUCCAUAGAAGCGUCAGCCUCGCAUCAAUGUGUGGCUUGCGUGCGCAUGCGUCCUGCCCCUUUGAUGACUGCAUUUGGGCAGCAAUGGGGCUUCUUACCUUACAUAUCCUGUCACUCCACACGAGAGGUUCGCCCGUCCAUUCAGAUGGCCAUGAGGCUAACUGUUUUAUCCACAGUGGGCAGCAGCGAAAUACUAUAGGCGGGCGGAGAAAGCUGGGAGUAAGACGCUGGGUAACUCUUGGUAAGUCUGUGGUUACAUGUCACGUUUUUCUCUUCCCUCGUCCCAUUCUCUGGUGGGUAGAUGGUAUUGUUGGUGUUGCAUUGGCGGGCCUCGAAAGUGGCCAUCCCGUGCAGCAACGUUCCAAAAUGACUCGAGCCAUCCCGACCGAUUCGCUGUGUCGCCCCCCAUCCUGUUGACCUCCUUCCCUUUCUCUUUACGUGGAUAAAGUCACCUGCUGAUCCAUUUUCCCUCGCGUGCGUGUAGGAUCUGGAAGGAAAAGUACAAUGCCCCGAAGAAGUGAGAUUGGUUCCUGGUGGACUUUAUUGUGGUUCUUGACGGGCGACUCAUAAUUUGUUUUCCAUUUUUAUAUUUUCGAUUCCUGGAGUUGUUCACCCUGUUUUUUUUUUCGUGGGGUAAAGACAGCGAUCUGAAGCGUUACUGUACCCACUCGGCAGCAUAUCCUUUUUUUUCCCUUCAAGCGCGUGUGCGGGGCAUGCUUAAUUUUUUUUUUCUCUUGGUAC